UACCGACAAGGUGAUAAUUACCCAGCUCCCGGAAGGAUCUAGGGCUUUUCCCGCGUCCUUUGUGUUGUGUUUCUGCCAGACCUUACUCACGAGUCACGACAACCCAACGAAGCGCAACUAAUUGAGUCGCCGUCAUUCCCACCCCCUUGUUGCCAAUCUUUCCGCUUCACCCCAAUUCAUCAAUCACUCAGUGCUAUCGCCAACAAUGGCCGAUCUAGGCGCAGACCGCACUGCCGCCUACGGCGCAGUCUACUCGCCCUCGUUCCUCACAAUCUUCUACGACAAGUACGUCCUGGACUUCAACAUGUCAAAAGUCUGGGGUUGCAGCACAGAAAAACUCCUCCUCCCCUUCUUCAGCGAGAAUUUCACCCGCAACCACCUCGACAUUGGUGUCGCUACGGGCUGGUUCCCGGCAGCCGCCCUGGCACGGCCGUUCCGCGCAACCAGCAAGCAGCGCAUCACGCUGCUGGACCUCACCGCGCCGCCUUUGAACGCGGCAAAGACCCGUGUGCUGUCUGUCACGACGAAUACCGAGGUCCAAUGCGUUGAGGCCGAUGUCACGGAGUCGCCGCCGAAACAGCUUCUCGGCGAGCGAUUCGACUCCAUUUCCAUGUUCAAUCUGUUCCAUUGCAUGCCUGGCGGCAAAGCCAAGCUUCGUGCCUUUGGGCUGUACAAGGAGUUGCUAAGUCCCGAUGGUGUGUUGACUGGUUGCACGGUGCUGGGCCCAAAUGAGUCAACUGGAUGGUUUACCAAGUUCUAUCUCAAGUGGUACAACAAGUGGUGGGGUGUUUUCAACAACUGGGACGACAAGAAGGAGGAUAUCCAAGAGGCUCUGGAUCAGGAGUUUGAGGAGGUCGAGACGUGGGUUGUUGGACAGGUGAUGUUGUUCAGGGCAAAGAAGCCCAGGAAGGCGCUUCUUGAUGUUUGAGAUUUGGGACGGGUCAGAUACCUAGGUACAUUAUAGCGGCAUGAGUUAUGAGUUAAUGAGACG